GCUUAGUGAGAGUAUAAAGUCUGGCGAGAGCCUGGUGAGGCGGAAAUACGGUUGAUGACAGCGAUCCUCCUUCCGUCUGUACGUGGAGAAAGCAGUCUGAUCGCUGGGAGGACCAUGUCAUGCGGGCUGUGGAAAGAAACCCUGGCUAUAGCAGAGGACUACCUGUCUGUCUGCAGUAUUAUCCCUGCCAGUGGGUCCCGGAAAGCCCCGCCCGGUCCUCCUCCCAGCGACUCGGCUGCAGCCAUGCGGCGCCAGGCCCGGGACAUGGAGGCCAAGCACCGGGCCCGCUUCCAUGCCAUGGCACACAGCUUCCUGUGCCAAUGCGGGCCGGACCCCUGCGCCUGUCUGAGGAGGGUGAUGGAGGAGCUGGUGGGAGACGGACAGAUGAACUGGGGGAGGGUGGUCUCUCUGUUCACCUUCACUGGUGUGCUGGUCAGAGAACUACAGGGAGAGGACACGGACCAGGGGCUGGGUAAUGGCAUGGGGCUGGGGGGGAAAGAGAGCUGCAGGGCGCUGGCGGAGACCAUAGCAGACUACCUAGGAGAGGAGAAGAGUGACUGGAUGCUGGAGAACAAAGGCUGGGAGGGCUUCUGUAAGUUCUUCCACACAGCAAGAGAGGUGAACCAGGACUCGUCCAUGAAGACUGCCCUGUUUGCUGCUGCUGGCGUGGGCAUCGCAGGGUUAACCUUCCUCCUGGUCCGCUAACACACAAGCCCUGCUGCAUCAUCAGUCUCCUUUCAAAGUGAUGGCAGUGUGGUAGGUCUUCAAUGGGUUAAAUGGUGUCACAACAGGGGAGAGACUAACUUAGGGCCAAAAUAUCUUUUUUGAAUAGUGGAUGGGACAUGUCCCCCUUCACCCCCAUGUGUCACACUGAAGCAGGAUUCCAUUACAUGGUUUAGUUUCAUUCAUCAACUGAAUGUUUCCACAUCUUUCAGCCCGCAGUAAAACCUUCAACUAUUACAACUCUAUUAUUCAGUCGUACCUAGAGAUCGUACCACAACAAACGAAAGGCCUUCUGAAAUGAUGGAAUAUGUCAAUAUUAUUAGUUUGCAUAUCUUUCCGCUGUUAUGUUAUUAAAAUCUAGUAUUUUGUCAAAGCGAGCGCACAGGGACCACAUGUUGUGUUGACCACUGCUGCACUACUAUGGUUGGUUGCAUUCUGUUUGACCGGGCAGCUACAAAGAUGACCAUGUAGAUGUGGAUGGCUGCUUCAUCCCUAUAUCAGGGCUAUUCAAAUCCAAGCCUGACCUCCUGAAGUAGUCCUGCUUUUCUGUUAUACCUGAUCAUUAAUUGCACCCAACUGGUGUCUCAGGUCUAAAGCCGUCCCUGGUAAGAGGGGAGGAAUGAAAAUCAACAGUGGAACUGGCUUGUAGGUCCAGAUUUCAAUAUCCCUGACCUAUAUAGAAAUGGGGUGGCAUUUGGGACCAACCCCAUCAUUUUGUCCACUGCUUAGUGUCCUGACUUGUUUUUAUUAAUGUCCCUCUUGCCUUUCUACUUCAAGUAAUGUGUGUGUGGGGCAAGAAUAUUUUUUAGUGUAAUAAACAUACAUUAAUAUAUUAUAUUUAUAUGAAAUAAAAAUGUUAACAGUGGCCAUCUUUGCAUUGCCACUUGGCAGAUUUCAUUGUUAGUUUUUACCUUUCUCUCCGUCUCGUCAUGUUAGACAUCCAUUUCUGGUUUAUAAAAACAGGGUUCUUCUACUCCAGGCCCGGAGGUCCACAUUACUGGCCGAUUCUUUUCUACCUGCUAAUUGAUUGAUUGGCCAGAGUACAUGCGUCCCGUCUCUGGUUUUCAUUAUCUCAGAAGUGUUCAGGUCCUCCAGGCCUGCAGUUAAAUAUCCUUGGUCUGUCUGUGUAGGUUUAUCUCUGUGUCUGAGAUGGUAGGUCAUGUUUUUCAGGGCUUUACAGACAGUGGUGCUACAGUGUGAGAUGAUAUUAAGCAUGUCUGCAUCACAAAUGCACCCUGUUCCUUAGUGCAUGACUUAUUUAUUUGUCUUUUUCUAAAUAAAAAGUUUCAGUCAUGGA